AUGUUCAAUAAUCUGACACGGCUCAUUGCGGAUGCAUACGAAGCAGGAAGUGCAUCCAAAAUCCCUAGCUUUGAUGGGUCAGAAACCAAGAACCUCAGCCCUCCAUUCCGUGUCGCCGCGAAUGUGCCAACCAAGUUGACAGAAAGCCAAAAGCAACACUUAUCUGAGCAGAAUGCACACAAAGCCGCGGCUUAUCAGGAUUAUGGAGACACAAAGGUCCUUAGAAUCCCUUACCAGCACGGUACCAACGCCCCGGGCAAGCAUCAGCGCGUCGCGCUAGACUUCUCCGAGCGCGACACGGCAGCCCUCAUCGCGGCCUGCAAGAGCCUGAAGGCGACAGUCACCCACGCGUUCCACGCCGCCAUCGCCAUGGCCGUUCGGGAUGUUCAGGAACGGAAGCAACAGUCACAACAGGUCCGAUAUGUCAACUACAUCCUGCGGAAUGAGCGCAGGAGCUGCGUCGAUCCGUACAACACCCCGAAGCACGCUGUUUCUGUUUACCACUCGGUCCUGUCUCGGGCCGUGCACUCACGGGUAAACGAGUUCCGCUCCAUCGUCGAGAAAAUCAGACAUUUCUACGAUGCCGUGCGCGACGACGGCGACCACUACGCCUUGUCGCUGCCCAUGUGGGAGGCCGGGUGCCCCACGCUACCAAAGAGCGACGCAAUACCGCCCGUCCCACCACCAAACCCGAAGCCCUCGGUGUCAAUCUCAAGCAUGGGGAAUGUCGAUGCGAUCAUCGCAUCGAAACAUGGCCAGAUCAUGGUCGACAAGCCUUGGGUGACGGGGGAGGAGCUUGGAAACGGGCUUGAGCCGUUCGCCGACGAGGUCUCUCGCAGCGGUGAGCAAGAACUCUCGGCGGCAAACCUCGCAGCCUUUCAGGAAGAGAUUCUCGAAAUGGAAAGGCCGAAUUUUGCACUUCAAAAAUUGAAGGUCCGGGAACUGUUUGACCGGGGCGUCCCGUUCUUCACGAAACCGGCGAUAAAAAAGCUCAAGGAUCAGAUCGACACCAUCAAGUCCAUGGCCGAGAAUGGCCGGUCGACAGACGGCCAGAAAUUUUUGUUUUCGUCCAUCACUGGGCAGACGGUCGAGCGUGCAGUCCUGAAGGGACUGACACAGUCGAGGCAGUUUGGCAAAGAAACAGUGCUAUACUCCGACCAGGCCCUCUGUCCUCUGCAGAUAUGCUACGGCGGCCAUAAUGAGCAGCAGAACCACAGCAGCCUUGAAGAGACACGAGACGCAUUCCAUUCAUAUCGGGGCACAUGGGAAGCCAGCGAGGACUGCCUCAGGCUGAAAUCCUCCAUGGCAGCCGCCGCCUCCCUACCCGGCAUCACCAAGAUCAUCGCCUUCGCCUGCUCGUCCAUGUCGCGCGACGACGACCACCACACGCGACACCGCAGCGUCUCGCAGCACGCCCUGGUCCUCACCCUCCGGGACCUGCUCCAGGCGGCCCGGCCGGGGGCGCGGAUCAGGUGCCUCGCCCAGGACCCCGCCUACACCGAGGCCGACAGGGCGGUCCUCGCGGAGGUCGGGGUCACGGUCGUCGACGACCCGCAGGGGUUCCUCGAGGUGGACGACCAGAGCGCGGUGCUGUCCUUCUCCCCGAACGUGCCCGUCAGGCAGGUCAUCGCCGACCUCGCGCGGCCGGUCGUCCUGGCGUGGGACACGGUCCUCACCGAGGAGCAGACGAUUGGCCGCUGGGCGACGGUGCACGAGCCGCCCAAGACGUGGGGCGGCGCCGAGGACCUCGAGGCGUGCCUGUGCGACCCCGAGUCGUCGCGGGUGCGGGCGAUGAUCCGGGAGGAGUACGUCCAGGUUGAGAAGCUGGGUGCGACUGGCUUUGGUGAUGCCAGCGUUUACAUUAGAUGUGAUGGGAGGAGGACUUGA